CCCAUAACUCCUCCCAAAACCCCAAUCCCCUCUCUGCUUGCCACCGGCCCCAUCAAUGGGCCCCUCUCCUUUAAUGCUUCAUGAAGGGGAUUAAUUGCAAGGUGUUCAAAAUUUCGAAUCCAUUUAUUUUCCCUCCAAACUUACUCAAAUCUGAAAAUAAUUUCAGAUUUAUUAGUUAAAACAAUUUCUUUCCCACUCAAACCUAACCCCUUCCAACCCUAGCCUUUUCCCCUCUUACAAACCGCCGGCCUCCCUCCUCCACCGUCCACCUCUUCUCUCCCUCUUCCUCUACGAUGUUCUCUCUAUCACUUGGCUUAUGACGAGUGGCCAAUCCGGAACUUGAGUUUGGCCUUGCAUAUCUAGACGCUUCUUUGAGAAGAAUUCACCUAGCCUUGGACGGAGCAAUUAUUGGAAGGUACGUGGGAUUUCUACGUCGUCUCUCCGUGAAGAUUCAUAAGAAGCACUAAACAUUUUAAACUACCUAAAUUCGGUGAACUUGAGGUGUUGGAAUGAGAUGCACUUCUUCAAGGCUGCAACGCUCUCUUGAUGGCAUAUAGGGCUAUUAUAAAAUUUGAAAAAAUUGGCAUAUGCUGCAUUGUAGCAAGGCCAAAUAAAACCUUAGUUGCAUUCUUUUUUCUUUUUAGAACAUAUAGAGUGCUAAUUCUAUAACGUUGAUUUUCAUUGUUUCUAAUAUGAAACAAUUCAAUGUUGGGAUAAAGCCUUGAUAUGUUUGAAUAUGAUAUCAUUGUGGUUAAUUGUGAUAUUAAUGUACAUUUGUUUUGUGUUUCUAUGAGGGUGUAAUUUUACUGGAUGGUCAGUAACCUAGUCAAGAUUGGCUCAAUAAACAGCUCAUGAAUCAAGGUCGACUAGCCAAGUUUGACUGUUUGAGUGAAUGUUGAGUCGUACGCUGUGGGACAUUUGAUGAAUCAGGGAAUAUGUACCUUGUUGAUGCAUUUGUAUUUCAAGCAGUGUCUGAGACCUUCAAAGACAAGAUAAUUGUUGUUGCAUCUGGAGGCCAGGAAGCUCUGCAUAUGGCACAUCCUGUUUUUUCUGCUAUAAGCCCGAAAGUUUUUGCUUUUGAGGUUGAACUUGGUAUUGCGAGUAAAAUUAGAGCAGUAAACUUUCUGCUUGAAGGCAUUCAUCUUGUUGCUUCUGUAGAAGCAACAUUUCUUGGUGUUAGAGCAGGCAUUCAUCCAACAAUCCUUUAUGAUAUUAUUUCAAAUGCUGCUGGUAGUUCAUGGAUUUUUGUGGAUGCAAUCCCCAAAUUACUGACUGGUGAUCAUAUCCUUACAGAUUACUUGAGAACUUGCAUGAAAAAUACGGGCUUUGCGAUGGAUUUGGCCAAAAAACUCUUAUUUCCUCUCCCAAUGCUAGCAAUGGCAUUUCAAGGAUUGAUAAAUGUUUUAGGUGCAUUUGGAGGUAGAGACAGAGCUGCACCUUCAGAGAAUUGGGAACAAACAUUUGGUGUCAAUGUGCGCGAAGUUGCUAAGCAGCAAUCUUACAACCCUGUGGAGUUGGCCAAUGAUAUUGUUGCCAUUUCAAAAGUUGUACAGAGAGUAGGCUUCAUUGGUCUUGGAGCUAUGGGAUUCGGCAUGGCAUCCCACCUCCUGAAGUCAAACUUCUCUGUUCAUGCAUAUGAUAUCUAUAAGCCAACACUCUCUAGGUUUGCUGAUUUAGGCGGUAUGACUGGGGACUCUCCUAAAGAAGUAGCAAAAGAUGCUGAAGUUCUUAUUAUUAUGGUCGCCAAUGAAGCUCAAGCUGAAAGUGUUUUAUAUGGAGAGGCUGGCUCAGUGUCCGCUCUUUCCGAUGGGGCCACAAUAGUUCUUUCUUCUACAUUAUCUCCUGGUUUUGUCAAUCGCCUUGAAAAGAGAUUAAAAGAUGAAGAUAGGGAUAUAAAAUUAGUAGAUGCUCCUGUAUCUGGUGGUGUCAAAAGGGCAGCAGAGGGAACACUUACGAUAAUGGCUUCAGGCACAGAUGAAGCCCUUCACUUUGCCGGUUCGGUUCUUUCGGCAUUAAGUGAGAAGCUCUAUAUACUGAAAGGGGGAUGUGGUGCUGCGAGUUCCAUAAAAAUGGUUAAUCAAUUGCUUGCCGGCGUUCAUAUAGUUGCAGCUGCUGAAGCAAUGGCAUUUGCAGCUCGAUUAGGUUUGAAGACAAAAGUGUUGUUUGAAGUUCUUAAAAAUGCUAGUGGUUAUUCAUGGAUGUUCGGUAAUCGUGUACCACACAUGUUAGAAAAUGACUACACUCCAUUAUCAGCCGUUGAUAUCUUUGUCAAGGACCUUGGUAUUGUAUCCUAUGAAAGUUCCAAACUUAAGAUAUCUCAUCUUAUCUCAAGCAUUGCAUAUCAAAUAUUUGUAUCAGCUUCUGCUUCUGGUUGGGGUCGAUAUGAUGAUGCUGCAGUAGUAAAGGUUUAUGAAACACUAACAGGAGUUAAAGUUGAAGGCAGAAUAUCUCCUGUUAGCAAAGAUGAUCUACGUAGGCUUCUUCCUUCAGAAUGGCCAGAGGAUCCAACUGAAGAUCUUAUUGCAGCGCAAUUACAAAGUAGUUCACAAGUUUUAGUAGUUUUGGAUGAUGAUCCUACCGGUACUCAAACUGUUCAUGAUAUUGAAGUUCUGACAGAAUGGGGUGUUGAUACGCUGGCAAAGCAAUUCAGCCAGAAACCUAAAUGUUUCUUUAUUUUAACCAACUCUCGUUCUCUUAGCACUGAAAAGGCUGUCUCAUUGACCAAAGAAAUCUGUAAGAAUGUUGAUACUGCCUCUAAAACAAUUGAAGGUAUAAAUUAUACAGUAGUUCUUAGAGGCGAUUCUACCCUCCGAGGUCACUUUCCUGAGGAAGCAGAUGCUGCAGUUUCAGUGUUAGGUGAAAUGGAUGCAUGGAUCAUCUGUCCUUUCUUCCUUCAAGGAGGGCGAUACACCAUUGAUGAUAUCCACUAUGUUGCCGAUUCUGAAAGGCUUGUUCCUGCUGGGGAAACAGAGUUUUCUAAAGAUGCUUCUUUUGGCUACAAAUCAUCUGACCUCAAAGAGUGGGUUGAAGAGAAAACAAAGGGGAGAGUUCCAGCCAGUAGUGUUGCGUCUGUUUCAAUUGAUCUGCUCCGCAAGGUUGGGCCAGAUGGUGUUUGCAACUAUCUCUGUAGCCUGAAGAAGGGUUCUACAUGUAUUGUAAAUGCUGCAAGUGAAAGAGACAUGGCUGUAUUUGCAGCAGGAAUGAUCAAGGCAGAGAAUAAAGGGAAAAGAUUUUUAUGUCGUACUGCAGCAAGCUUUGUUUCUGCCCGAAUUGGGAUAAAGUCAAGGCCUCCAAUAUGUCCCAGUGAUCUUGGAAUUUCUGGUAAAAAAAGUGGAGGGCUUAUAGUUGUGGGUUCGUAUGUACCAAAAACUACGAAACAGGUUGAAGAGCUUAAAUCACGGCUGGGUAUCAAGCUUAAAUGUGUAGAGGUUUCAGUAGAUAAACUUGCUAUGAAAACGGAAAAAGAUAGAGAGGAGGAGAUAAAUUGUGCUGCACAAGUUGCAAACGCUUCUCUAAAAGCAUGCAAAGAUACACUUUUAAUGACUAGCCGCCAACUUAUUACUGGAAAAUCUGCUUCUGAGAGUUUAGCAAUCAAUUAUAAAGUCAGCUCUGCAUUGGUUGAUAUUGUUAGAAGAAUAACAGUCCAACCUCGCUAUAUAAUUGCCAAGGGUGGAAUCACUUCAUCUGAUCUUGCAACAAAAGCUUUAGAGGCUCGCCAUGCCAUUGUGGUUGGGCAAGCAUUAGCUGGUGUACCCUUAUGGCAACUUGGUCAAGAAAGCAGACAUCCUGGAGUUCCAUAUAUUGUUUUUCCAGGCAAUGUUGGUGGCAAUAAUGCCCUUGCUGAAGUUGUCGAAAAAUGGACUUGCAACCGUAGAGCUUCUACAAAGGAUCUUCUUCUUAAUGCUGAAAAGGGAGGGUAUGCUGUUGGCGCUUUCAAUGUUUAUAAUAUUGAAGGAGUUGAAGCUGUUGUUGCUGCAGCUGAGGAUCAAAAUAGCCCUGCUAUUUUGCAAAUUCACCCAGGAGCACUAAAGCAAGGGGGGCUGCCCUUGGUUGCAUGUUGCUUGUCAGCUGCUCAACAAGCUAGGGUACCUAUUACAGUACAUUUUGAUCAUGGAUGCUCCAAAACUGAGCUGAUUGAAGCUAUUGAGUUGGGAUUUGAUUCUAUUAUGGUUGAUGGGUCAAAUCUUCCCUUCAGAGAAAACAUAUCAUACACAAAGAAAAUAGCAGUUUUGGCACAUGCAAAAGAAAUGUUGGUCGAAGCUGAACUUGGCCGGUUAUCAGGAAGUGAGGAUGGCUUGACCGUUGAAGAAUAUGAAGCCAAACUAACUGAUGUUGCUCAAGCUGAACAGUUUAUUGAUGAGACGAGCCUCGAUGCUCUUGCAGUUUGCAUUGGAAACGUGCAUGGAAAAUACCCAGCUAGCGGCCCGCGCCUCAGACUUGACUUAUUGAAGGACCUCCGGGAAAUAACUUUAAAUAGGAGUGUGAGUUUGGUUCUCCAUGGUGCAUCUGGUUUGCCCGUUGAACUUGUAAAGGCAUGCAUAGAACUGGGUGUUAGGAAAUUCAAUGUGAAUACAGAAGUCCGAAAUGCUUACAUGGAAUCUCUGCGGAAACCGAGCAAAGAUUUGGUUCAUGUGAUGGAGUCGGCCAAGGAGGCGAUGAAAGCUGUGAUUAUUGAGAAGAUGCAGCUAUUUUGUUCUUCAGGAAAAGCAUAAUGAAUUGCACAUUCUGAACUGGAGGAGUUAUGGCUUUCUGGUGUAUAAACUUCUUAGAUUGUUAGCUUUCAAGCAUGACUGGAAUUCCGGUAUUUUCUAUUUCUCAACUCUAACAGGCUAAGCAAUUUACU